CCCGCCCCUCCCGCUGGGGUCUCAGAUCCGAGAUGGCGGCGGCCGAGGCGGAGUACGAGUCCAUCCUGUGUGUGAAGCCCGAUGUCAGCGUCUACCGCAUCCCGCCGCGGGCCUCCAACCGGGGAUACAGAGCGUCUCAUUGUUUUCCUGGAACAGAAUGGGGGCAUCUGACUGGAAACUGGACCAGCCGGACUGGACAGGGCGUCUCCGUGUCACGUCAAAAGGCAAAAUUGCAUAUAUAAAGCUAGAGGAUAAAGUUUCAGGAGAGCUCUUUGCUCAGGCUCCCAUAGACCAGUUCCCUGGCCUUGCAGUGGAGACUGUGACAGAUUCCAGCCGGUACUUUGUCCUCCGAAUUCAGGAUGGGAAUGGGCGAAGCGCUUUCAUUGGCAUCGGCUUUUCAGAUCGGGGUGACGCCUUUGACUUCAAUGUCUCCCUGCAGGAUCACUUCAAGUGGGUGAAACAGGAGACCGAAAUCUCCAAGGAGUCACAGGAAACUGACACACGCCCCAAACUGGACCUAGGGUUCAAGGAAGGACAGACCAUCAAACUAAACAUUGGGAACAUGCCAACAAAGAAAGGAGGGGCACCCAAACCCCGUGCAGCUGGAUUGGGGGGGCUGAACCUGCUCCCACCCCCUCCAGGUGGCAAAAUCACAGCCCCUCCAAUCCCUCCCCCAUCUUCAACAGCCAUUUCCAACCAUGUGACGCCGCCACCAGUGCUGAAAUCCAGCAACAUGGGCAAUGCUGAUAUCCUGUUGGAUUUGGACUCUCCUGCAUCCAUCUCUAAGGCACCAGCACUUGCUGCUGUUCCAGCCACCACAGACCUCUGGGGAGACUUCAGCACUGCAUCCAGAUGUGCUCCAGCCUGGAAUAGACAGGAGGUGGUGGAUCUCUUGGGCCUGUGGAGAGAAGUGGCUGUGCAGGAACAGCUCUGAACCAGCCAUAGAAAUGUGGACAUCUACAAGCAGACUGCUCG